AUGCAGGGAGAAAAUGAUGGAAUUUGGGCUUGGACACGUUUCAAUCAGUUGUUUAAUUAUCUCCCGCUUGCAGCAUUGAUAGAGAAGAAGAUCAUCUGCAUGCACGGUGGAAUCGGGAGGUCUAUCAAUUCAGUCGAACAAAUAGAGAAACUUGAGAGACCCAUAACAAUGGAUGCUGGAUCAAUUGUGCUAAUGGAUUUGUUAUGGUCUGAUCCCACUGAAAAUGAUAGCGUAGAGGGGUUGAGACCAAAUGCAAGAGGACCUGGCCUCGUGACUUUUGGGCCUGAUAGAGUCACGGACUUCUGUAAGAAGAACAAGUUGCAACUCAUCGUAAGAGCUCAUGAGUGUGUCAUGGAUGGAUUCGAACGGUUUGCCCAAGGGCAGCUGAUCACCCUUUUUUCAGCAACUAACUAUUGUGGAACGGCAAACAAUGCUGGGGCAAUAUUGGUUGUGGGGCGAGGAUUGGUAAUUGUGCCUAAAUUGAUUCAUCCCCUUCCGCCUCCUAUUCAGUCUCCCGAGACAUCUCCAGAACGCGUGAAUGAGGAGACAUGGAUGCAGAUGGCAGUUUCUUGA